UCCCUAUAAUAUGUUGGAGCUGUCCUAGUCCUUUACAGGCCAUGACGACAAGCACUAAUUAUACGCAAAACGAAGCCUGAUCACAAUCCUACUGUCGCUGUUUCUUCCUUCCCCCUUCUUCCCACGUUCUACGAAUUGCCAUGUGUGGGUGAUGUUCGUGGGUGAGGAGUAGAGAUAAAUUAAUUUUCCGAUUCGCUAAUGUUGGCUUCUCGUCUAUCUUGUUAGUCCACUACCAAUCAUGAUGCAAAUCCCACCUCAACCACUACCGACGGCAGCCCUCACGCCGGAGGCCGCACCGGAUGUUCAGCGGAAGCAGGAGGAGGAACUGAGAGGUCAGAAUGGAGGCUCCGGGAGGAAAGACUUUCCCUUGAAAUUUUGCACGGUUUGUGCCAGUAAUCAGAAUCGUUCCAUGGAAGCCCACCUUGUUCUAUCUCUCUCACAAUACCCUGUAAUCUCCUUCGGUACCGGCUCAGCAGUUCGUCUGCCGGGUCCAUCAAUCGACAAACCAAAUAUUUACGCCUUCAACUCCACGACCUAUGAUGAGAUGUACAACUCCCUGAAAGAAAAAGAUCCAAGACUCUACCAUGCAAAUGGCCUUUUGGGUAUGCUAGAUCGUAAUCGCAGAAUCAAGGGCUGUCCCGAGCGCUGGCAGGACUGGAAAGUUGGUGUUCCGAGGAAGGAUGGGGUCGAAGAUGGUGUUGUUGACGUGGUGGUUACUUGUGAAGAGCGAUGUUGGGAUAUUGUUGUUGAUGACUUGACAAAUCGCAACUCUCCUCUCAACCGCUUAGUUCACAUCAUCAACGUCGAUAUAAAGGACAAUCACGAAGAAGCCCUCGUUGGUGGGAAAGGCAUUCUGGAACUCGCCAAUAUGCUAUCUGAAGCUGCUAGAGAGGAGCGGGAAAAGGCAGGUCCGAACUUUGUCCGUGAGACAGUCGACGGGAAGGUUCCCGAGGUACUAGCAAAAUGGCAAGAAAGGUUUCCCGGGUUACCGGCCUUGUGGACCGUGGGCUAUUUCUGAUCCAAUUUGGGGACUAAUGAUGGGGCGAUAAAAUGGGGAGUUUGGGUUUGGGUUUGGGUUUUCUAUUUAUUUUUUUUCCCCUUCCGGGUUUUUAAUGAAAUCAUGAGAUUACAUGAGAUUAAGAUGAAGUUUCAAAUAUAUGAUAUGUAAGUAUGGUUGUUAGCGCUAUGUUUACUAGAUUGGUUAGUUGCGCUAGCAGGGGAAGGUAUGAUACGGUACGUUCACGUUCAAGCUCAACAUAACGGAAUUCCACACUUUCACAGAUAGACAUUCAUUUUUUAUUUUAUUAAUCUAUUUGUCAAUUAUUAACCGUUCAAGCAUCAAUAUCUCCACGCGCUUCCGUGCGCACACAUCGCGACAUACAGUCGCAGAAAAAUUCCACACUAAUUCAUUCAUGCUUCAUCCCCUUGAGCAACUUGUGGAAAGCGCUCUUAACACGGCCAAGGAGCCUUACAAUUCCUCGUUUUCCCCCCUUCUUCGGAUCCUCUACCUCCACCUCCUUUUCGUUGCCCUCAAUGAGGGGAUCCCUCUUGAUAGGAUCAGCCCCAUCUGUGCCAUCGAUAGCAAGCGGAGCAGGACUACUACGCCCGGAAACCGGCGUCGAAGGACGUAUAAGCGGUGGAAUGAAGAGGGAAAAUACGUGACGGCCUUCGGGCUGGGGCUGGAGCUGGAGCUGGGGCGGUUGAGGAGCCCUAAGUUCGUCUUCCCAGAUGGCGAACGGUGUUGGCACAAAGACUUCUCGGCGGGCGAUUGAGCGGUUGCUGGACAUCUUAAGGUUUCUAAGGUGUGGUACUAGUGGAGGGUUAUUUGGCUGGGGGAUCCUUAAUUUGGAGAGGACGGUAAAGAUAGGAGUGAAAGUGGGGGGAUAGCUGGUCGUGUGUAUAAGGGAAGUGAUGGUGAUGUAGUGGUGGAUAUCGUGUGGAGGGAAAUGUCUUCCCGCAAGAAGAAUCAAGUUAUGGCGUAGGUGUGGGUGAUAAUUACGAAGGCAUAAUGGUAGAGUUUUUGUGUAGGGCUGGAUGGUGGACGUAUUGGAUAUCAUACCCUCAUAGAGGAGGUUAAUGGGUUUGAUCGCAAGAAUUGGGUGAAAAUUAGGUUGCGGUAUGAUACCAGUACUCGAUCGUUGGGGCCGGGUGUUUUUUGUUUUUUUUGAUAUUAUUGUAUCAUAUUGCAGAGCACACGAAAACCUUGGACUCA